AUGGGUUCCCAGCCUCCUGUCAGCAAGCGUCUCAUUGUCUGUUGCGAUGGCACGUGGAUGAAUAGCGACAACGGCUAUCAAGAGCCAACUCUCGAGCACCCUCAGCCGACGCUUCAAGUGCCCUCAAACGUCACCCGAAUCAGCCGCUGCUUCAAGCGGCGUUGCGAUGAUGGCACGCUGCAAGUGAUGUCGUACGAGUCCGGAGUUGGUACUGGCAGUAAUGUCAUUGAUCACCUCACUGGUGGUGCAUUUGGCCUGGGCCUUUCUGAACGAGUCCGCGAAGCGUACUCCUACCUCUGCGCGAACCAUAUGGACGGCGACGAGAUCUUCCUCGUUGGCUUCUCCCGAGGCGCCUUCACAGCUCGGUCGGUGGCGGGCAUGGUCGGUACCCUUGGCCUUCUCACUCGAGAAGGCCUGGAAUACUUCUAUCCCAUCUUCAAGGACAUGGAGAACUGGAACAAUGACAAGUACGAAGACGAGUUCCCGGGACAGCCGUUCCCCAAUAAGCCCAAGGGACCAAAUGCGGCAGACGAAUAUCGAACGAGACUCGAGAAGCUGGGCUACACUCGUGUGUACCAGGAAAACGGUGAGCUGAUCAAGAUCAAGGCCGUCUGCGUUUGGGACACCGUUGGCAGCCUAGGCAUCCCCAAGGUUUCCACAUAUAAGUGGCAUGACACGUCGCUUUCGGAUCGCAUCGAGCAUGCCUUUCAGGCACUUGCCCUGGAUGAGACUCGUGCUCCAUUUACCCCAGCAGUCUGGGAGCGGCUCCCAGAGAACAGGUUGACGACCGACCUCCGACAGGUUUGGUUCCCAGGCAAUCAUGCCAACUGCGGCGGUGGAUGGCCGGACCAAGAAGCCGCCGACGCUUCACUUGCCUGGAUGAUGGACCAGAUGGCAUCUGUGGGAGUCGAGUUUGACCUGUCCUGUCUUGAGAGAGUCGCACAUAAGACCGUCAGUUACUAUAAGAGCCUGAAACCCGCAAAGAAGGGCCUGGAAUGGGCCGUCGAACCCAUCUACAAGGAAAAUCAACCAGUCCGGCCGUGGGCACUCGGAUCCAUCAACAAGGCCGGCGACUUCAUAUACAAGCUCUCAGGCUUCGAGAACAGGACGCCCGGUUUGUAUAAGCGAACAGACCCAAAGACUGACCGCGAAACCGGCAUCUUUCUGCAAGACACCAACGAGCGCAUCCAUAGCUCAGCCAGAGUUCGGCUGGCUUGCAAGGGGCUUGGCUUGGACGACAAGGCCGUUUGGACCUGCCCAUCACUGGCCAAUUGGCAGUUGAAGCACACCAACGAAACGUUCAAGGAUCCGAUCCCGCAUGAUCCGAGCUGGUGGCAGGGUCCUCCGGAUGAGUCUGGAGUCGACAAGCAGGAGAGCGGAAGAUGGAUAUGGGAGUAUGCUGGACCGCAGGGCGCUGCGCCCACGGAUCCUAAGCAGAGAAUCAUGGUGGAAGAGCCAUUGGGGCCAUUCGAGCGGUAUCUUCUUCAGUUGACAGAGGGCACACCAAACGUUUACUUAUUCGCCGAGACCCAGGAUAUCGACUGGCAGGGGAACAAGAUUCCAGCGCUGAGAAGCAGAAAGAAUGGUGUCUAA